GUCCUGUUCCUCAGCACCACAGCGGUCUGAAGCAAACCGAUGCCGAGUCGCUGACAUUUAACCGAAGCCACCGCCCCCUUUCUCCUCACUCCACUGUUAUCAACCUUUCGGGAUUGACCGCGACAGCUGUUGAUGUUUAGCUAAUCUUCGUGAAGUUGGGUCAAAACCGAAAGCAUGCCUCUGGCUCGUAGCCUGUCCGUCACGUCCCUGUCAGGACUUGAAGACUGGGAUGAGGAGUUUGAUUUGGAGGAUGCUGUUCUUUUUGAAAUAGCUUGGGAGGUUGCUAACAAAGUUGGAGGCAUCUACACCGUCAUCCAGACCAAAGCUCGGAUGACCGCAGAGGAAUGGGGAGAGAACUAUUUCCUCGUGGGUCCCUAUGUGGAGAGUAACGUGCGCACGCAAGUGGAGCUGAUUGAGCCCACCAACCCGGUGCUGAAGAGCACCAUUGACAAAAUGAACUCCAGUGGGUGUAAGAUUUACUUUGGUCGCUGGCUCAUUGAAGGCAGCCCCUAUGUGGUUCUGAUUGAUGUCGGCUUCACCGCCUGGUCUCUGGACCGCUGGAAGAGCGAGCUGUGGGAGCACUGUGGAAUCGGUGUGCCAUGGUUUGACCGCGAGGCCAACGAUGCCGUGCUGUUUGGUUUCCUGACUGCCUGGCUUCUGGGAGAGUAUGCAGCUCAGAGUGAGGAGCCUCCACACAUUGUGGCUCACUUCCACGAGUGGCUGGCUGGCCUGGGCCUGGUGUUGUGCAGACAGAGACAGCUGCCCAUUGCAACUGUAUUCACCACUCACGCUACGCUGCUGGGACGCUACCUGUGUGCUGGAAACGUGGACUUCUACAACAACCUCGCAGAGUUCAAUGUGGAUAAGGAAGCAGGGGAUCGACAGAUCUACCAUCGAUACUGUUUGGAGCGAGCGGCCGCACACUGCACUCAUGUUUUCACCACAGUGUCGCAAAUUACAGCCAUCGAGGCAGAGUUCCUGCUCAAGAGGAAACCAGACAUUAUCACUCCCAAUGGGCUCAACGUGAAGAAGUUCUCUGCUAUGCACGAGUUUCAAAACCUCCACGCUCAGAGCAAGAGUCGCAUUCAGGAGUUCGUCAGGGGACACUUCUACGGGCACCUUGACUUCAACCUGGACAAGUGUUUGUUCCUCUUCAUAGCUGGAAGGUAUGAAUUCUCCAACAAAGGAGCCGACAUCUUCUUGGAGGCUUUAGCCAGGCUCAACUAUCUGCUGAGGGUCAACCACAGUGACGUGACUGUUAUAGCUUUCUUCAUCAUGCCAGCUCGAACAAACAACUUCAACGUGGAGACCUUGAAGGGACAAGCAGUCAGGAAGCAGCUCUGGGAUACUGCUCAGACUGUGAAGGAGCGCUUUGGAAAGAAACUCUACGAGUCACUACUAGUCGGGCAGCUGCCAGAUGUGUCAAAGAUGCUAGACAAAGAGGAUUUCACCAUCAUGAAGCGUGCCAUCUUUGCCACUCAGAGGCAGAGCCAGCCUCCAGUCUGUACCCAUAACAUGCUGGAGGACAGCAGCGACCCCAUCCUCAACUGUGUCCGCCGCAUCGGCCUUUUCAACAGCUCUGCUGACAGAGUAAAGAUUAUCUUCCAUCCAGAGUUCCUUUCGUCUACCUCUCCUCUGCUUCCCAUGGAUUACGAGGAGUUUGUCAGAGGUUGCCACCUCGGUGUCUUCCCUUCUUACUAUGAACCUUGGGGCUACACCCCAGCUGAGUGCACAGUCAUGGGGAUUCCUUCUAUCUCAACUAACCUGUCAGGCUUUGGAUGUUUUAUGGAAGAACACAUAGCAGACCCUACAUCGUACGGUAUUUACAUCCUUGAUCGUCGGUACAAGGCGGUUGACGAGUCGUGCAACCAGCUCACAUCCUUCCUGUUCCAGUUCUGCAAGCAGAGUCGGCGCCAGCGGAUCAUCCAGAGGAAUCGCACUGAACGCCUGAGUGACCUCCUGGACUGGAGAUACCUUGGCAGGUUUUACAUUGCUGCUCGUCAUAUGGCCCUGGCUAAAGCCUUCCCUGACACCUACGUGUAUGAACCUGAAGAGACCGCCUCAACCGCAGGUUUCCGCUACCCCAGACCUGCCUCCGUGCCUCCGUCUCCGGCUCUGUCCCGCCACUCUUCGCCGCACCACAGCGAGGCUGAGGACAACGAGGAAGACGAGCGCUACGACGAGGAGCUGGAGGCAGAAAAGGACCGCGUGAACAUCCGCCAGCCCUACAACGUGCCAGUUAAAAACAAAGUCUCUGCCGUCCUGGGAGCCGACGCGAACGGCGAUGAGCUGAUGAGCGAUAAAAACUGAGCGACACACACACAAACACAAACAUGCAUCCAAUCAUGGAGAACCUCACUAGUGAAACUUAGUUGUUGCGAUCAUUAGUCAUCCUUGCACUACAAACUUUAUACUUGAGUGCAGCUGCGUUAGUGUGUGAUGAGUUUAGCUAUGGCUUUUGGUGGGGGAAAAAAUACAACUGUUAGUGUCUUCCCAACAAGUUUGUACCUCAGAACUUCUAAAACUAUCAGCCCGUUUGAUAUGUUUUGGUUUCAAUAUUACACCAGCAAUGCAAUCUUUGGGAAGAGUAAAUGCAGACAAUAGUAUUGCUGGAUUUAGUAGUGUACUAACACUGGAUAAUCUAGAUUUAAAGCAUUGAGAAAAUAGCAGAUUUAAUGUUUAGUUUCUAGAAAAGGGUUUUAUACUUGAUUCAAACAUGGAUCAUAGCAGGGAAAACGGCAUAACCCUCCUUCAUUUUACCAGUUUGUCAUAUUUUUACAUUCAAAGCAGAACUGUUCGCAUUGUCGUAGCUUUAUUCCAAAUGCCUCGUUUACUCUACAAUUCCCCAAAAGUGAAACAAGAUGCACAGUAACAAGUAGCUUCAAGAAAGGAAUCGUGAAAAUGCUCUCGCUUUAAGAAUGUUGUUUUUGUUUUUUUCCUCACUUUGCAUCUUCGCCUUAUUGCGUCGGUUUUUCCAAUGCUGAGCAAACAUGCACAUCUGUGUAAAUGUGCGUGCACGUGUGGUCCUCAAUUUCCCAGUUUCAGAAAGUAUUUAUUUGUGGGAGAAAGAUGCGUAUGUGUGAGAAAAAGAAGGCAAAACCGCGUUGCAAUUUCAAAUGGUUGCUAUAUUUUCAGAAGAGAUUAAAAGGGAGCUAAAGAUACGUCUUCAUGAUUUAGUUUAGGAAUGAAUAAAAUGGUUUUUACCAGCUGUAUACUGUCACUGUCACUCUACUGUAAAAGUUGUUUGUUCCUGUGC